AAUGCUCCCGUUCGAGCAUCUCAUUCUCGCUCGUUAAACCCAUACACUCUCGCUAAACGAGAUGAGCUGUGCACUGGAAAUGCACGCACAAUUAGAGGCAGCGAUGAAAAUCCAUGGCGCCUCUGUGCACACACACAAUGACACACACGCACACAGUGUAAUAUACCUGUGCAUGCUCUCGUCACACACACGCGCACCCUUUCGUUCUUCGGAUGCGGAAAAGAGCACGCAACAUCAAAGUGGUUGACAUUUUUUUAUCUCUCAAAAAAGGUGCGUAACAUACGGAGCUUUAUAAUUAUCCUACUAAAGAAAAACAUGGCAUCUUUUCGGCAGAUUUUCUCCGUCCUUGCUCUCUCCUUACUGACGCUAUGUCAGGUUUUUGGAGCCAACACGAGGGAGGAAUGGAUAGCAGCUUUGUCGAGAUUACCACUGCUUGAAGACAGAUAUGAAAAUGCUUUACAGAACACUAUCGAGGAGGAGGAGGAGGUACUAGAGAAUGGUGGAGAAGGUGAUGGUGCUUAUCCGGCGCCUCUAUAUUUCAGCUAUGAUAAUUCAUUUAUGGAACAAUUUGAUGAUGGCUCCUACCAGUCAUCCUCAUCAUCAUCAUCAUUGUCUGAGGAUCGACCUGAAAAUGGAACAACAGAGUUACGAAUGCCCAACGUGCAUCCUGAAAAGGCAAAUGACUACUUUUGCUACUCGGUACAGAUGCCACCACGGAGAGGAGUUAACAUUGUGGGAUUCUUUCCAGCGACAACCCCCGGUACAGCUCAUCACAUCCUCCUCUAUGGGUGCAAAGAACCGGGAAUGAUUCAAGAAAAACCAUGGGACUGCGGUGAGAUGGAUAUGGCUAAGGAUAGUAAGAAGAUGACAGCCCCGCCCUGUUCUGUUGGUUCUCAGAUCUUAUACGCAUGGGCUAUGGAUGCUCCUCCUCUGGAGUUACCGAAAGAUAUUGGGUUCGAAGUCGGUGGUGAUACCGGCAUUGACUAUCUCGUUCUUCAGGUCCACUAUGCUCACGCUGACCAGUUUGAAGACGGCUCUACGGAUAAUUCCGGUAUUGCUCUUACCUGGACGCUUAAACCGCAGCCAUUUAAAGCUGGAGUGUUCUUCUUGGGAAGUGAUGGCGAGAUUCCUGGCAAAUCAAAAGAUGUACAUCUUGAGACAGCCUGUGAGUACGAGGGACCCACGCUUCAUCCAUUUGCAUACAGAGUCCACUCACACAAACUAGGACAGUUGGUAUCUGGCUAUCGAAUCAGGGACGAAUUCUGGACAGAGAUUGGAAAACGAAGCCCACAAUUACCUCAGAUGUUCAACCCAAUCACAAAGGAUGUUGAGAUUCAAUCAGGCGACAUACUGGCAGCACGGUGCACGUAUGGUAGUGACAGAGAUGAGACUACAUACACUGGGAUGACGGUUGACGACGAGAUGUGCAACUUCUACAUUAUGUACUACACCGAGGAGGGCAAGCUGCCGAACAUGCAAUCAUGCUACGCGGAUGGGGUGUAUAAAUGGGCCGAUGACCUACCCAACAUACCGGACAAAGAAGCCAGCAGCCCCACCAGCGAUGCACCGUCAAACAGCAUGUAAACUCUUCAUGCUCAGUCCCAACCCAUUGCCUAAUAUGUUGGUGGUUUUAUGUUUGUGAUAGUUCAUUAAACAGUCAAAACACAUUCAUUUGGCAAUCCAGUCUCGAUUCAACAAUGAUAAUUAUGAAUUCAUGCCAUUCGUUAUCUCAAUUUUUAUUCGUUUGAAGGGAAACACUUUUCUUUCUUUCUUUCUCUUUUGCAAUCAUAUCACUUUUUUGCACACUUCCUUAAUCUACUAAUAUGCACCUAAAUUCCUUGUUAAAUUUGGUUAGAUGGAAUAUACUGAAUUCUUUAUACAUAUUUUUCUUGUUCUGACCCCCCCCCAAAAAAAAAAAAGAAAAAAAAAGAAGAAGACUGGAAAUAAGAAGAAAACUGCUGAUACUUUGAAACAAGCAAACAAAGAUGUAUAUUGUAAUUCAACCAUUUGGUCAUAGACAUACAUGUAACACCAAAUCAACUCAUAUACACGCAUAACAAUAUUUUAAUCAUUCCAUCUGUUUGGAAUGGUAAGAAUGUAAAUACUAUAUACAUGAUUUAAAGAGUGGUUAUUGUAAAUACUUUUAUGAGACAAUAAUUUGUGCAAUCUUGUGAGGUUGUUUUUAGGUUUCAAACAGUACUUUUACGAUGCUAAUGGUAACUGAUAUGGCAAAUUAGACUAAUGCUAUUGGCUUACACUAGGUAACAGAAUAGACCAAUUUUAUAUGCAACUGAAUUGCAAGCUAGGACAUUUUGGGCCAUUAAUUCAUUGUGUUAUUUCAAAUCAUCAAUAUUGUAAUAUGAUGUAUGAUCAAGAUAUUUGAACUCAAACUAGAUCUAUUUAAAGGUUUUUUUUUCUUCAAGACAAUCAAACUAUUGGGCUUCAUUAUUUGUUUUCAAAUUUAUGUCAUAUAUAUUUCUUUAAUAUUCUGGGAAAAUAAGAAGAGCCCACAAAAUUCUCAUAGGGUCCAAUUUAAACUAAAGAAAUGUAGCAAAAUUGAACUGGUGAGUUAAACAAAUUAGCCCCAGAAAAAAAUUCUCUGCUUGUAAUUGUGCAUAUGCAAGCUUUAACAAAAAUUAUGUGCUUAAAGCAUUUCAACACUUUUUCCUGUUUGCACUUAUUUGGUAUGGCUCUAGCAACAGUGAAUAAUCUCUAGCACAAGUAGGUCUUCCAUCAGUAGAAAAGAAAAAGCUAGCCUAUGCCUGGAAAUUGCUCAAGCAUUGCCGCAGUUUUAUUUUUAUCAGGAAAAUAAAUUCAAUCAAGCUUUAAAGAGCACAAAUUGUUAUUCACAAGAGUGUUUACUAGGAAAUUUUUGCUUGUUGCUUAUGUAUGCUGAUUUUCAGAACUUAAAAAAAAAAGCAUUGCGAUACCACAAAUGUUAAUGAAAGACUGUAGAAGAAUAUUUGUAUGUUGGAUAUAAGUCUGGGUAAAUUCAAGAAAAAUGCUAUUAUUGAUGCAACACAUGUCUUAUGUGUAUUUUUUUGCUAUGUUGGUGUUUUUUGUUUUGGUUAUUUUCUGUUACUGUGGGAAAAGUACAAAAUGUUUGUAAUUAACAACAGGACCUCUAAUUUUAAGAGCUCUGUUAACUGAGCAAUGGGUAGUACGGUAAUGCAUCAGCUUAAUCUCAAACCCAGGUCUCGAUACCGUGAGACCACCACCCUACCUCCCACGCUUUUGAUUUUUUCCCCUUUUAAUAACAUUCCAACCAUCAAACUACUUAAUUACAUUGUUUCAAUGCGGUAUAACUUUUUACACUGCUCAAUCAAUUCCACCAAAUACUGCAUAUUCUUGCAAUAAUGCCAGACUAUAAACAAAGCAAAAAAUGCAUCAUGCCAAAACAAAACUGUCUAGCAGAAAAUUACAAAGCUUUAUCUUUCUUUUUUUAUCUUAUUGGCUAAAGGGACAAUCACACAUACAUGUAGGUUUAGAUGCCAUUCACCCCCCUGCCAAGUUGGAUACUAUCACAGCCCUUUCUUUAGAGUGUGGCAAAAUUGUUUUAAUGGCUUAAUACAACAAGGUGUUUAUUACUUUGAUAGUCCAGCACAAUUCAAAAGGAAUUACCCAAUGUUGUAACCCAUGUAAAUUGGCCUAACUCUACUACAAAGGGGUUGAUUGCAUCCAAUUUCGGGGGCAAACCGUCGUGAACCGCCAUCUAAACCAACGAUAUGUGAUGGCCCCUUUAGCGGCGUAGAGAAUAUUUGCAGGGUCUUGAUAAAUGGUAUCUUUAUGUAUAUGUUAGCAGAAUGAUCAUGCCUAGGCAGCAGCUUUAUAUGUAUAUGCUUAGUCGUUUGUGUAUGCACUUUAAUGAUAAGAUGUGAAAAUUAAAGUCUAUUUAGUUCAUAAAA